AUGUCUACCGCAGACCCUGGGUCCCCACUGCCGGCACCGCCACCACCGGUAUCCGCCACCAGCGUCCAGCCCCCCCGCGACCGGAUCCCGAUAAGCUCGAAGAAGACGCAAGUCACGGGCCCCGCCACCGCCGCACCCAACUAUGCUGCCGCUGCAAGUCAGAUGGCGACUCAAACACCUGAACAACAGCGUGCCAAGGCUCUGGGCAGCCUCCUACAAGCCAUGGGUGCUGUACCCAGAAACCGCAUGGAUCGCUGGGUCCAGGCCAUCUACUUUGCCGAACUCUACCCCGUCGCCACCGCCACAUCGCUGAAAUUUUCGGCCUUGAACGCGAACCGGUCCGUCGAGAACAUCUUCGAUUACGCCCUUGAAGUGACUCUGUCUCACCAGAGCGCCUCGCGAGCGACUCAUGCCGACAAGAUCGAUCUCGUGGCCUGCGUCACGAGGCUGCUAUUGCCCUGCCCAUCUCUCCUAUCUGCUUUGAGCCUGGAGUUCCUCUGCCGGACCAUCUUGUGGCUUAUCAACCACAGAUCUUAGGCGUACAACAUUCAUCAAUCCUGCGUAAUGGGGCGGCUCACCAUCGCGUUACGGUUGGGUUCGUCACCGGCGAGGCACGUGACGCGGCGCUCACGACGCCCCCCGCUCUCACUUGGCGAUCGGCGAAGGCCCGCUUCAUGAAGUCUCACAGGUUCCAUCAUAACAUGGUCGAGCUUCGAAUCAACGUCGGUGUUCAAGGAGUGCCCUCCAUGGAUGCCAUCAUCAAAUCGUUCCAAUCACUUGUGCAAGACCUGUCAGCCAAGGGACAUUCAUGCCAACUUGUGCAGGUUCUGCGCGUUAUCAGCGUGGACAACACCUCGGCCUUUGCCCACGUUGCCGGAGACUACUCGGCUUUCCUACACUUCGAUGACGACUCCCUAUUCCAACGCCCCAACACGACCUUGAAGGAGAUUCUACCUUCGAGGAUCGACCUUCCCACUCGAGGCAUCCCGGUUACCGCCCUUCACCAUGACUAUGAGAAGGAGGCUGCUUGCGGUAGGUGCCACUUUGUGGGUCACGUGGGAACCUGUGGACUGGAUCAGGAGAGGAAGUGGAAGGAGGCUCACAACGGCAUCAUCAACAGCAACAAAAACACCAUCACCCACAACACCAACAUCGCGGAGGCCGAGGCCCCCAUUCCUGUGCUGGUUGUUAACAGGAUCGCAUCACAGAAUCACUUCGCCGGGCUCGAGGUCGAGGAGGGACAGGAGGAAGAGGUAACUGGCCAGGGCGAACAGGGACCAGAGGAAUUGGGGGAGGAAGACGCUGGUGAUAAGGCGGAUGACGAGGACUUGGAGGACUCAGAGAUGGAAUCGGAGGCGGCCGCGAAAACGGAGGUCAUCAAAAUUGAAAGCGAGGACGAGUCGGUCUUGGAGGACUGCAGUGGAUCCGAUGGAGAGGUCAUUGAUGAGAAUGAGGUGAAACGGAAGAGGAGGUGGGCGAUGUGGACGAAGCGAGGGGAUUGAUGAAAGCGGAGAAUGCGGAAGCGACGGACUUAGGGGAAACAAACAGGCUGGACAAUGACGAUGACAGCGACGCCACAGCAACCACCGCCACCGCUUCCUGCGAAUCGACACCGCACGAACCAACCCCACCUCUGUCACCCGAAACUCUCGCCAAGUCGCUAUGCGAGGGGGAGGAGUGGGACAGGAUCAGAGCUAACUGGGUUGAGCAGGCACAACUUGAGCAGGACCAAAGCAUCAAGAGGAGGCUCAACGCUGACACCCCUUUGGUGCAUCACAACUUUGCCACGUGGGACAAGGACGGUGAGAUACGCUCCAUCAACAUCAGGGGGACCACUGCGAAGUUCAAGAAGCAGGUGAUGAAGAGGUCGCAGACUGCGGCGGACCUCAGUGACCCAAGUGACGAACCGACCGACGCCAAGCGAGUCAUCAUCAAAGGGAAGAGCUGCGUCGUGGUGAAGGAUGGAAUAGAGGGGCGGAGGGUGACGAGGUCGAUGUCGGCGGCAGCGGCGAUGCAGGUCGAGGUGACGAAGGUGGACAGAGGGAAAGGAAGAGGGGUAGCUGAGGAAAAAUGA